GUAUGGGGCGGUUCUGGGAAAUCUACCUGUCAGAGAAGGCCCUUUGCUGCCUAUGUAGGAAGACGAAAGCGUCGGUCCCGUAGUUUUCUUUUCCGAUGUUCGGCUCAGCCUCGCUGGCGCGGCUGCUGAUCUGCAGCGUGGCAGUGCUCCAGCCAUUGGUGCUCCAGCUGGUGUCUGCCCAUAGAGAGGAGUACAGCCCCCGUGACAGAAACCACGUCGCAGCCCGACGCUGGCGCCGGCUGCAGGAGGCAGACGCAGGAGCACCACCGAAUCUGACCGCCGAGAGCACGAGGGUGGACAUAUGGCCACAGAUAGAGGAGAGGGUGACGCAGCAAGGAGGGUUCACUGAAGUUGCCGACGCAUUGCAGGUGCGCACAGCGCGACUGCCUGUCGGCAUCCGUCACUUGUUGUCUGGUCUGGUGUGUGUUGCCAGGCGGCUCUGGACAUCGCUGUCGAGUAUAAUGGCGCUUAUGGUAAGGCAAAGGCGGCUGCCAGGUCAUGGCGCGGCUGCAGCACUCACUGCACGUGUGUUUCCUUUUCCGGCUUACCUUCAGGGAGCGGCAUUCUCCGAAUCGAGAGCAGUGAUCGUGAUGUUGGCCUCCUCUUUGCCGGCGCCUCCGGCAAUGUCAAGAACAACUCCGAUCCGUCAGAUGAAGCCACCACAUAGUAAGUGCGGCACCCUUGCCCCGUGACGGCACACCUAGACACGGCACUGUUGUUUUAUUUUGCCUGCAGUGCUAUGCCAUUCGAGAUUGCGUCGAUAGGGAAGAUGUUUACAGCCGCGGUCAUCCUGCAGCUGCGGGAUGAGGGCCUGCUGGACCUCGACGACACGAUCGCCCAGUACCUGUCCUUCAGCAACCAGUUCGUGCGGCCGAGCGAGCUGUCGGUGACUUCUGAGGGUGGGGGGUUCGUCAUCCCUGCCAGCCUGCACCACUACGACGGCGACAUCUACACGGCAAACCUGACGAUCCGGGAGCUGCUGAGCCACACGAGCGGUGUGGUCGAUUACUGGGAGCUGGAAGAGUUCUGGGACGACUAUGAGGCUGAUGCUGAUCGGUACUGGUUCGGCGUCGAUACGCUCAUCUACCCUGCCGAAGAGGAGGCGCGGUUCGUGCCCAGUGAUGGGUCCAACUUCCACUACACCGACACGGCCUAUGUGGUGCUGGGGCUCGUCAUCGAGAGGAUUGAGGAGAAGAAGCUCUCGCAGGUCUACCGUGAGCGGAUAUUCGACCCACUACGGCUCAACUCGACCUACUCCCAGUACCGGGAAACCCGCCCGUAAGCGACACACACGCAUGAUAACAGAGGGAAGCGACAAGGGUGAAAGGCAAGGCGAGCUUCCCGUGCUGUGUGUUGUCAUUCAUUCAUUCAGGAGCGUCAAGCGCGAGGUGAGUCGGUACGCCAUCGAGGGCGGGUUGGGGAUGGUGGACAUGACAAACACCUUGAGGAACACGGCUGAGUGGGCGGGCGGAUGCAUGGCCAGUGAUGCGGGAGACCUGGCUCUCUUCCUCUUCCGGCUGCUGAAUGGCAGUCUGGUGUCACUCGAGAGCCGACAGGAGAUGCAGCGCUUCGACAUCGGCAGCCCGUCAUACGGACUCGGUAGGUCGCACCCACACACAGACGCACACUUCGGAACACACUGUGUGUGUUGUGUUGUGUUGGCGUAGGUCUGAGCAAGCAGACCAUUGAGACUGAUGAGGAGACAGUGACUCUGCUGGGCCACAGCGGCUACGGGCAGGCUUUCGCCUACUUCUCUCCCGAGCUGCGUGUGGCCAUCACGGGGUCGCUCAACAACAACCUCAACAGCGCCAACCAGCUACUGGAGGCCCUGGUCAAGGCACUCGCCUACUACAACCCCAAACCCAUCAACGAUGAUGUCAUCGACGAUGACCCAAUCGACGAUGACAUCAUCAGGCUGCCCCCUGGCAACACGACACAGGCACAGGGCAGCAACAACAGCAGCAACGGGACGGCCGCGGGAGAAGCAGGUGGGCCCAACAAGGGGAGCGCCAAGGGCAAGGGCGCGAGGGCGAAGGAGGGGGAGAAGGAUACCCGGCUGCGGAACAGGCAAUAGGGGGAUACGUGUGGGCGGGGUGUGGACGGGAGGGGUCGAAUUGGCUAACCAUGUCGGUCUUUUGUAAGGGUGUAAAUGGUGUUUUGUGUGUGAG